AUGGCUAAGUAUACACUCGUUGUUGCCAUUUUGGCUUGUUUAAGUUUAACUACAUGCAUUGGAGUUAAAACCGAUUGGUGGGAAGGUGCUUCAAUCUAUCAAAUCUACCCAAGAUCCUGGAAGGAUAGUAAUGAAGAUGGAAUUGGAGACUUGAAAGGAAUCACUCAAAAAUUGGACCAUCUCAAGGAUAUUGGAAUGACUGCCACAUGGAUUUCUCCAUUCUUCAAGUCUCCAAUGGCUGACAAUGGCUAUGACAUUACCGAUUUCUAUGAUAUUGAUCCAAUUUUCGGAACAUGGCCGAUUUUGAUUACCGAAUGUGAAUGGUUUAAGAAAUCAGUCAAUCGUCAAGAUGGUUACGAUGAUUUCUACAUGUGGGCUGAUGGUAUUGUAGAUCCCAACAAUUCUAGCCGAAGACUAGUUCCCUCGACUUGGCAAAGUACCUUUGGAGGUUCUAUAAAUCCAAAAGUCCAUGAAGUAAUGGAGGAUGUUAUGAAAUUCUGGCUGGAUCGUGGUAUUGAUGGUUUUAGAAUUGAUGCCGUUCCGCAUAUUUAUGAGAAAGUCAACGAUGAUGGUACUUAUCCAGACUUUCCUAAUGAUCCUAAUGAUUCGUCAAAUAAAGCAAAUCAAGUCUACACUCAACAUCAAGUUGAAACUCAGGAAUUGUUAUAUAAAUGGAGACAGUUUAUGGAUGAUUAUCAGAAGAAAAAUGGUGGUGAAACUAGAGUAAUUUUGGCCGAAUCUUAUUCGCCAGUAGACAUUCUUGACGUAUAUGUUAGCAAUGGAACACACUCUGGUGUUCAAUUGCCAAUGAACUUUAAACUGAUGGAAUUGUCGACAGAUUCUACUGCUCGUGAUGUUGAAAGACUUACCACUGAAUGGAUGGACGUUAUGUGGACAAAACAUCAAACAGCCAAUUGGAAGAAAGAUCUAACAAAUAUUUUAGUCGCCUCACUACCCGGAGUAGCUAUUACAUACUACGGUGAAGAAAUCGGAAUGACAAGUUUGACAUGCAAACGCGUAAAUGAAGAAUGUUCAUGGACUGAGAUUCGUUCAUUUGGUAGAUCUCCAUUCCAAUGGAAUGAUCAAAUAUCUGCUGGAUUUUCCAAUACAACGGACACAUGGUUGCCAAUAGGGGACAAUUAUAAGGAAGUCAAUGUAAAAGUUGAGAAGGGAUAUGCCAGGAGUACUUUGAAUGUUUUCAAGAAAAUGCAAAAUCUUAGACGAUCACCAGCAUUUAAGGCUUUCAAGAACCGUGGUGGUUUCAGCUAUGGUGCUCUGAAUGAUCAAGUUUUUCAAAUUGUUCGAUCAUCACGAUUUCAACAAUAUCGUAUUUUGUUGAACAUGGGCAAUAAAACAGAGACUGUUACCGGAUUAAGUAAUUCUAAAGGUGAACUUUCAAUUAUGUAUACCUACGCUGUUGUGACAAGUAACUCUCCACACGAUAUUGGGGAUAAAGCUGAUUUAAGGAAAAUCGUGUUGGAACCCUAUGAAGCUGUUGUUUUAAAGAAAACUUUUAAGGGUAUGUUUCAGGGCCAAAAAAUGAUUAAGACUUUGCGCGAAGCUCUGUAG